CCUCAGCUGUCUAACAUCAACAUUGAGCAGUUAGCUUGUCGGGAGCUAGGUUGCUGUGUGUGAUCAUCGCUGCUCCUCAUCAUCACCAUGAGCGACCCGUGGCAGGAGUGCAUGGAUCUCUGUGUGGAGGUCACCAAGCAGGCAGGGAAGAUGAUCCGUGAGGCGCUGGAAAAGGACAUAGCCGUCAUGCAGAAGAGCUCACCAGUUGACCUGGUGACGGAGACGGACCAGAAAGUGGAGCAGCUUAUUAUAUCCUCCAUCAAGGAAAAGUACCCGACACACAGCUUUAUAGGUGAGGAGUCGGUAGCGGCAGGAGCACCAAGCGUUCUGACCGACAAUCCCACUUGGAUCAUUGACCCCAUUGAUGGUACCACCAACUUUGUUCACAGGUUCCCAUUUGUGUCUGUAUCAAUAGGCUUCACUGUGAAGAAAGAGAUAGAGUUCGGUAUCGUCUACAGCUGCAUCGAGGACAAAAUGUACACGGCAAGGAAAGGAAAAGGAGCGUUUUGCAACGGGGAACCAAUCAAAGUGUCUGGACAAGAAGAUAUUAAGCAGUCUCUGGUACUGACAGAAAUGAACUUCAAGAGAGAUCCCGAGAAAUUCAAAACCAUGCUGGCCAACGUCAGGACCAUCCUCUCCAUUCCUGUACACGGAAUGCGUUCCCCGGGCAGCGCAGCUGUCAACAUGUGUUUGGUGGCGUGUGGCUCGGCUGACGCUUACUACCACAUGGGCAUCCACUGCUGGGACAUGGCCGGGGGGGCGGCGGUGGUUACCGAGGCUGGAGGAGUGAUCAUGGACAUCUCAGGUGGACCGUUCGAUCUGAUGUCCCGGAGGCUGAUCGUGGCGAGCAGCAGGGCGAUAGCAGAGCGCCUCGUGAAGGAGAUCACCGUGUUCCCAGUUGGCCGGGACGACACAGACCAGUAGUAAACUUCAACACUCUCAUCAGCUGUGUUGUAUUCAUCAGGUCAGGAUUCUGUCUCGGCCAUGAGAACCAAAACGAUGAACUUACCUCUGAAGACAAGUGUUUAAUUUCUAUCGACUCAUGUUAAAAAUUACAGACAUUCACAGAUUCACUUUUCUAUUGGGACUUAUUGGGAUAUUGGGAGUUUGUAAUCACCUCACCCAUUUUCAUUAUUUAUUAUUUGUAUAGUCAAAUAACUAAUUAAAGCCAAACCAAUCAAAAAUAAACUCUCUGUGAUGGGAACCAACUAAAACGACACAGAGCAUCUUGGGACUUUUUUAUUUGGUCCAUGUCCCAUCUGCUAACAUGGAGGAGGAUGGGUUUAUGACCCAUAUUACAAUCUGCCACAAGGGGGCAAUCAAGGUGAAUUGGCUUCACUUUAGGGGAGCGGUCACGUCAUGUCUGGUCACAGCACUAUAAGGAAAUUAUUUUAAUACAGAAUGUUCCACUUUUGACCAAUGAUAUUGUUUCUAUUCUUAGGUGAUAGUAUUUGUAUGUGUGUAUAGAUUUUGUCAUAGUGAUUAUACUCUUUCGUUUCAUUGCCAUCACGAGUUUGCACUAUAGCUCCUGUAAGAAACAUUGAGUGUAUAUACUGUGGAACUGCUUCUCUAUCGCGUCCAAACAGAAAUGCACUGAUGUUGUUCCUAAUAAUCUGUGCAGUAUGUUCCAAGUUGUUUUUAAAGGUGAAUUUAAAGAUAGCAGCAAAUAAAAAAAGGGCCCUUUGAAUAUAA